UUGUAAAAUAGAAGAAGAUAUCAGAUAUAACAGCAAUCAUAUCCACAGCUAACGAGAUAGAUUCCAGAUAUACGUUUGAUUUUGAUGGUCUACUUAUAAUAUCCACUUGAAAAAUAACUCCUAGUGCUGGUAUUUUGCUGCAGCAAUGGCAGCCAAGGUGGCAAUUUCUUCUGCUCUAGUCACAAAAUUUGCACCAUCCCACAAGCUCCUGUCUCCAUCUUCUCAACCUAAUGCUUUCAGCUCAUCAAAGAGAAGGCAAAAUUCUGUCCAAAUAUCUGCAAAAUUGGGAGGAGAGGAGGGAGAAGUCAAGCAGGGAGGGAAGAAGAAAUUCAUCACUAAAGAAGAAGAACCAACAGAGUAUUGGCAGACAGCAGGAGAAAGGGAAGGGGAGAAUCCCAUGAAGACGCCUCUACCUUACAUUAUCAUAUUUGGUAUGUCGACACCCUUUGUAAUCUUGGCCAUUGCUUUUGCUAAUGGUUGGAUAAAGGUCCCAGCUCGAUGAUUCGUUACUGGCUAAGUAAUGCAGGAGCAGGCAUGGGUGCCAAAAUGGCUAUGACUUUGUUGUUCUGGCUUUUUCUUCAUAAUUUGAGUUUGUAAGUAUAAGCAUGUCCAUGUUCUGUACACAUUUUCCGCUGAUGACAACUAUUUUGUGAUAAUAAAAUGUGUAACACGCUUAGAGCCUUGACAAGGUAUCUCCGUUCUCCAUUGAGCUGUUUUGCCCUUGGCAGUAUGAGUUCUCUCCAUCAUGUAUGGUAUAGCAGUUUCAUUUAAUGCCAGGUAUAUCAGUUCCUCGCA